AUGUCCGCAUACGAGGACCUGAAGACGGCGACCGAGGGUUGGUUCUGCCGCCCUCUGCCUGCCCCCAUGGUAACAGCCGCUCUCCCCAAGGGCGAAUUGGAGCCAUUCCUUGAACUCACCAACGACUUCGGGGAGAACGAGAACCCUCUCCUGCACAAGGCGGCGUGGAAGGACGACGACUACCACAAACUCCCACCGCCGUUCGGCUUCAAGUCGGCGCCGCCCAGCCACAUGGCCAUGCAGAUGUGCAUCUUCGACGGCCCCGACGGCGCGAAUAACAUCAUCAAGCAUUGCAUCCUGCCCAACAAGGCGAAGGCUGCCACAUUCGCCAGCAUGGCGCUCGGGGGCGCGAAGAAGCUCGUGUUCCAGCGCCCCAAGGCGCGCGACCAAACGAAAAAGGCGAAGGCGUUGCGGCUCAGGGUGGGGGUCAAGGUCUGGCAGUGCGCCUUCGAGCGCUUUGGCGGGAAGCAGUUUCGGGUGAACGAAUUCUACGAGCUCUCGGACGAGGAUGCCAACGCGGGCUUCGAGCACAUCCUGAAGAACGCGCCCCGUUCCACUGCCGAUCUCAAGCAGCUGGUAUGGCAGACGAAGGCGCUGCGCAAAGGCGCCCCCCCCCACGGCUGGCCCGUCGCCCUGGUUGCGAAGGCGCUGAGCGGCCUCGCGUCGGAGGGCGCGCUUGCGACGAAGGAGUUCGAGUGGAGCAUCGCUCUGACGGAGGGGCACUUCAAGCCGCGGGUGCUCGACGUGAUGGCGGAGAUCAUGGACCCGCUCGGCUCCCUCGCGCUCAUUGGAGAGCAGAAUUUCGGGAAGACGCUCCUGGGCCGCUCGUAUCUCUUCGCGCUCUGCCGCCGAAGCGCCCGCGUCCACGGGUUGGACCCCGCGACCGUGAGCGUCCGCGUGACUCCCGAGAUCGCACUGCUGGACGUUGGCCAGUUCGAGUCCAUGCGCUGGGCGCGUUGGGGGGCCACCAAGUGGGUCAAGGGCGAGCCGCGUGCCAUCGGCGACCAGAUAUGCGACCCCAGUGCGGUGAAGAAUGACUGCUGGCCUUCCGUGAAGUUCGACGACUUCUUCAACCUCGUCAGGACCCAGGAGGCCGACGCCCGGCGCAAGUCGAUCUGCGGCGCGGACGAGCACUUAACCGCAGAGGGCAAGCAGCUGCACGGGCUGUGGAAGACGAGAGAUCUCACGGCGCCGCCAAAGAUUGAAUCGUUGUUGCAGAAGGAGCAGACCUUCGUGGACAAAGCUUUCAAAGCCAGGGCAAAAACGACGGCCGCCCCUCCGCGCGCCCAGAUCGCCGUGAAACGCGAAGUGGAGUCUCCCGAGACAAGGAGGUUCAGGACGUUGGCUUCCUUCUCGGGGACGCUCGACCUCGAUAGCUCACCUUCCCCCGCGAAGCGGCAGGCUGUGGCGGCGUCUUCGUCGCCUGCUCCCGCCGCCCCAGCCCGCGGCGAGCUCGAGGCCGACCUCUCGCAGAUGUCGGGCGCAGAUGGCGUUGGCCCUGACCUGGCGGAGGAGGCGGGCGCAGCGGACUUCCUCGGGGCGGCUCCUCCGUGA